AUGCUCCACCAUGCUAAGCUGGAAAAGUGCUUCUGCGCCAAAGCAAAAAUGACGGCAAUCUACACCAAGAAUCGUCUGCCGUCACCCAAAGAUGUACACAAGAAUCCGUUCGAGAUCGUCCACAACUCCGAGCUAAGUGUCAAGCACAUGCGGGUGCUCGGUUGUCAGGUUUACAUACUGACACCGAAAGAGAAGAGGCUCAAGUGGGACCCCAAAGCUCGCACUGGGAUAUUCUUGGGCUACGAAGAAGUGUCCAAGGCAUAUCGUGUAUUUGACAUUGAGGCGGGGCAGGUUGUUGUCAGUCAGAAUGUCAACUUUGACGAGUCCACCUUUGGACUUUUGCCGCCGAUCACUGUUGAAGAUACCGAUGACCUUGACUUCGCCUCCCUCGAGCUGGAUGAUGAAGCGCCGGGUCAAGAACAGUACAAGCAAACAGGCGAGCUCAAGAGUCGUCCCAAUGAUGAAGAAGUACCAGCUCCACCCACGUGCACAGUGCGUCAACGGCCUGGACUAGAAGAAUCGAGUGCGCCAAAUAACUACACGACCCACCAAGAAGAAGAUGAAGAAAUAAAGAAUGAUGAUGCAUCAACUCCGCCUGUGUUUUGGCGUGCGAGUGCGAACGCCAUCGAAACAGCAGUGGACUUAUGUGAGUCAUCGACUUUUGAAGCUGCGGUGAGCGGUCCUGAUCAAGUGCAUUUGCGCGAAUCCACCCAAGCGGAACUCGAGUCGAUGCGACUUCGUGAAGUGUUCCGCGCAGCCAAGCUACCUAAAGGACAUGGCGCCAUUGGCACGAAGUGUGUAUUCAAGAUCAAGCGCAAAGCGGACGGAUCAAUUGACAAGUACAAGGCGCGUCUUGUGGCAAAGGGUUUCAAGCAACAGUACGGGAUGGACUACACGGAAACAUUCUCGCCCGUCUUCAAGUACGUGACGCUGCGCAUGGUGAUUGCAGUCGCCAAGUAUUUCGGAUGGACCAUCGACCAACUCGACGUGGUGACGGCAUUCCUGUAUGGUGUCAUGAAGGAACAAGUGUUCUGCGUCAUCCCUGAAGGCGUGGAAUUGGAGGGCUCCUUCAAUUGUCUGAAGUUGGUGAAGGCAAUCUACGGACUCAAGCAAGCGUCGCGCGUAUGCAAUGAAAAUUUUACCGAGUUCGUGUGUGCUAUUGGAUUUCAAGCGUCAAGCCUCGACCCGUGUCUCUACAUAAGGAUCGUGGAAGGGCAAUGCGUGCUGCUGCUGGUGUAUGUGGAUGACGUGUUGAUAACCGGUAGAUCAUGCGAUCUAAUUGCACGCACCAAGACCGACCUGAAGACACGAUUCGAGAUGACUGACAGCGGCAAGUGUGCGUUUGUGCUUGGGAUCGAGCUUUUGGACGGCGCAGAUGGAAGUGUAACACUAUGCCAGCGUCGGUAUGUGGAUGACAUACUCAAGCGCUUUGGCAUGGACGAUUGCAAGGCCGUCGCAAGUCCAGUCGACAUGAGCUCUCGACUUGUUUCAAGUGAUGCAGCCACCAAGGUCGAUGCUCCUUUUCGCGAAGCUAACCCCCAAGAAGAACACUGGGUUGCGGUCAAGCGCAUCUUCCGCUACCUACAAGGCACCAAGAUGCACGGAAUCUGCUACAAGCCAAGUGCAAGGAUCGACUUCCGUGGAUAUUCGGAUGCAGACUGGGCCGGCGACCUCGCUGAUCGCAAGUCGACGUCUGGUUACGUAUUCAUGCUGUUGGGUGCGCCAGUGAGUUGGGGCAGCAAGAAACAGCCAAGUGUUUCGUUGUCCACGAGUGAAGCCGAAUACAUCGCACUCAGCUUGGCGAUUCAAGAGGGCAAGUGGACUCAUCGUCUGCUCUGUGAGAUCAUGAUGGCUGCCAAUGAAGAAGGACCGGAGCUCAUGAUCCAUGAAGACAAUCAGUCGUGUAUCAAGAUGACAAAGAACCCGGUCAACCACGGCCGUGCCAAGCACAUUGACAUAAAGUAUCAUCACAUCCGUGAUGAGGUCAAGCGCGGUGAAGUGAAGCUCAAGUACUGUGAAACUGCGGUGAUUUUAGCGGACAUCAUGACGAAGGAACUUCACGGGCCACGCCACAAGGAGACGACGGCGGCUCUCGGGAUUUGUGCGUGUUCGCAUUGA